AUGAUAUCGCCCAGACACCUGCUGCAAUUAGGAUUCAUCUGGUUUUGCAACUUGAAUGGGAUUACUACUUUCUUCAUCUCCUCGGGAAGACUACGACAGUCCCGCGUUCUGACCUGCUAUCGGAUAAUUCACAAUUUCCUGGUGAUUAUCUUGACGAUAAAGUUUCAGAUGGAUUUCUGGCACUUUAGUGCCGCUUCUUUCGACGAGUCCCCGCUCGUGAGACUGGCUGCUAUCACCUAUUUCGGCCUUGUUUUUCUAUCCCUAAUCAGUUGCAUGGGUUGUGCCCAUCGACGUCAGGACCGGAUUCGUAAUAUGAUUAUAAAACUCCAGGACAUGGAGGUGAUGACCAGAUCCAGGGGUUACAGAUUGCUUAAAAGUCAGAAGCGAUUUCUAAAUAUUCUCUUGAUAACCGUGACUCUCCUGCUAAUCCUUCGACUCGCCAUCCAUGCUUUCCUGAAUGUCAGUCGAUUUUUGAGAGGAAACCAUAAUCCCUGUAAUUGUUUCCUGUCCGAAUGCAUGAUCUUCGCCACGAACUCAUUGGCUUUUGGCCUUAUGCUGGAGAUCUGCAGGAAUUGGUGGCGUCUGCAAUCGGGUCUGGAAAUAGUGAUUAUGGAUCCAAGACCUUUCUCGGAUCAGUUUUGCCGUUUGCGCAAGCUGCAGUGCAUGUUCCAGUGUCUGAUCAAUAUGACAGAAGAGGUUUGCAUGGUUUUUAGGUUUGUUUUUCUGUGCUACUUGUUAAGAAAUGUUUGGAGUGGCAUACGGGUGGGAUACAUGCUCGUUCGAGUCUGCCUUGGCCACAGUGCCAUUGAAUCAGAGCUGGAGUAUCUGCAGAUGGUAUUCAUCAUCUGUAUACAGCCACUUCUCUUCUCGUUGAUGAUGAAUACUUUGACGCACACCAUUGAUACAAUUUUGGAGGCCACAAAGGAUGUGAUCAGGGGGCUUUAUAGUCGGGAUAAGCUAAUGGAGAGAAGUAUGGAAUGGUUCUCCUUGCAACUGGCGGAGCAACACACUUAUGUCCAUAUCUUUGGGACUUAUCGCAUGAAUCGAAGCUUGGCCUUUGACGGCUGCUCGGUUAUUCUGCUACAUGUCAUUUAUAUGGUGCAAAGUGAAUAUACUUCAAUGUUUUAA